UUACUAGGAGUUAGUUUCUACCUUCCACCAACUCUGGAGGGAAACCACUGAUUAAGAUGAUGCCUAGCAAUUAUACUACGAUAAGUUAAAUACAGAGUGGCUGCUGUUAGCUUUGGCCAGCCUGCACGGAUUUGUGGAGGGGAAGAAAGGUGAUGGUGUCUUGCAAGCUGAAAUACUGGCACUCUGCUGCAGUCUAACAUGGGAGCAGGCGCCUCCCUUUCCAUCUGCAAAUCAUUCUCUUCUAUUCAAGUUAGGCACACAACAAAUAAAAUUUCACCAGAUCUACAGUUUAGUGGAGAAAGAAGCACUUUUGGUGUUCCUCUGGAAACCCUCGUACAGGAUGCAAAGCAAUGUGGGGUUCCUUCUCUCGUGACACAGAUGGUGGAGUACCUAGAGGCGUUUGGUCUGGAGCGAGUCGGUAUAUUUCGAAUUGGUGGCCCAGCAAAUAAAAUCAAGGAAUUGAGGCAGAAGUACAAUCAAGGGGAAAAAGUCGACCUUAUUAAUGAUGGAGAUGUUGAUUCUGUGGCCAGUCUCCUGAAGCUCUUCCUGAAAGAACUACCAGUGGCUGUUUUUCCAGACAAUAUUUGUUCUGGCUUGCUAAAAACUUUCCAAGAGCACAAAGUCAACACAACAGAAUGCAUAGAGAACCUGAGACAAUUGCUCAACUGCCUGCCCAAAGCCCAUCAAAACCUUCUUCAGUUCCUGUCUGCUUUCCUGCUGAAGGUAGCAACCCACAGUGCAGUGAAUUUCAUGACUCUGGAAAACCUGGCCAUCGUGUUUGGACCUGCUCUGUUCAAGAUUCCUGUCAGUCCCUUGGCUUGUGAAGAACAAAGGCUUUACAAUGGCCUCCUGCUGUAUUUGCUUCAACACCAGGAGAUGCUUUUUGUUGACCUGAACCCUUGUUUCUCACAGAGACACGCAGCUGGCCUUCAGGCAAGCAACAAAGAGGAUGCAGAAAGAGACAGACUCACAUUGCUAAGCAUUCAGGAUAAGUCCUUCAACACGACAGCUUUAGCAGAGUGUGACGGGUAUUCAGACUCUGUGCAUGAAGAUCAAGCAGGCAGUUCCAGUCCCAGAGACGAUGAUAACAAAGAAAAUUACCCGGACAACUCUGCUGUCUUAGAGGAAAGACAGCUGCCUUUGCAAGAUACCCAGCAGCACAAGCAGCAGGUUGUAAUUGACUGCGCUCUAAAGCCUGAAAUGGGCAACUUAAAGCUGAGGAAACCUAAGCCCAUUGCAAAGCUAGAAAAUGGAAAAAGCCAUGAGGAAAGUCAGGAGCUGGAGUGUGCAUUGCCAGGCCUCUCAGAGUGGCAGGGGAAGGCUGCAUCCUCAGCUAAUAACUAUGCACAGAACGUGGCUUUAAAAUGCCAGGAAGCAGUCGUGAGAUUCCAACCAAGAAUCCCAUGGAUUUCUUGUGAAGAGGAGCUUACUGAGCGUGGUAUCAGAGAGUCAGACCUCCCCAGUGGCUCUGCUGGUGGGAUGUUGGUGUACAGAAUAGAUCAGAACACAAGCAUUUCACCAAAAGAAGCAACUGAUCAAUUUAACAGCUUAAAUGAGAAUUCUUUGUUGAAGCUGCAAGCCCUGGAAACCGAUCUGUGCUCUGCGUUUCUGCCAGCCCAGGAGGAAACUCCCCAGCUGCCGGCACCCAAGGACACAGCCCUUUCUCCAGCCCAGAGCAGCGUGCAAGCUGAUGGGGCCAGUUGUGGAGAGCAAUAUCACUUCAUUUCUCCUAUUAUUGAUUUUAAUUUAAUGCAUCAGCAGAGAGAUAGCGAAGAGCCUGUGCCAGCCCACAGGGACUGGCAGAAUGACAUGGAGAGCAGCCCACAGGAGCAUCACUCCCUAGGGACCAGCCGACUGCUGUAUCACAUCACAGAUGGAGACAAUCCUCUCUUGUCACCACGCUGCUCUAUCUUUAGCCAAAGCCAGAGAUUUAAUCUAGACACAGAGUCUGCCCCUUCUCCACCAAGUGCUCAACCUUUCAUGAUGCCAAGAAGUUCUUCUAGAUGUAGCUGUGAAGACUGCAAAGAACCACAGACAGUAACACAACUUACCAAGCAUCUUCAGAGCCUCAAAAGAAAAAUUAGGAAGUAUGAAGAAAAGUUUGAGCAAGAAAAAAAAUACCUGCCUUCGCAUGGUGACAAGACUUCCAAUCCUGAAGUUCUGAAGUGGAUGAAUGCUUUGGCCAAAGGUCGGAAGCAGCUCAAAGAGCUGAAACUCAGAAUGUCGGAAGAGCAAAACUGUAGCUCCACAGCGCCCCAAAGAAACGAGCACAGUGAAAGCAGUGGGACCUCUAAAGAGGCUGGCACACAGGAGGCCACAAGCAUGGAACCAGCUCCCUCCGUGGAGGAAACCAUGGACAGUGUGUUGAGACGACUGAAGGAGAAAAGGCAACACUUCAACCUUCCUGAGACUAUUAAGGAUAUGACAAAAAAGCAAAUGGCUUUGGAAAAAAUCAAUCUUCAGAAAUGUCUACUAUAUUUUGAGAGUAUUCAUGGACAACCUGUAACUAAGCAAGAAAAGAGUCUCAUGAAGCCUCUUUAUGACAGAUACAGAAUUAUCAAGAAACUUCUUGCUGCUCCAUCUUUGAUCACAACAAUUCAGGAGGAGGAAGACUCAGAUGAGGACCAUUCUCAAAGCAGCCACGAGUUAUCGUCUGGUCCAAUGUCUUGCUUCCCUGUUGAAGAGCACCUGUGUUACUCUCAGGAGGAGAGUGAGCCUGUACAUAUUUCACCUCUCGAUGAAAAGAAAGUUUACAGGCAGACAGCCUUGUCUAUGUCCAAUUUACAUGAGGCAACAAUGCCUGUUCUGCUCGAACAUCUCAGAGAAACAAGAGCUAAUAAGAAGAGACUUCGCAAGGCUCUUCGAGAGUUUGAGGAGCAGUUCUACAAACAGACAGGAAGGAGUCCUCAGAAAGAAGAUCGGGUGCCAAUGGCUGAGGAAUACUCUGAAUACAAGCACACAAAAGCCAAAAUCAGGCUCCUAGAGGUUCUCAUCAGUAAGCAUGAUAUUUCCAAAACGAUUUGAAGUGAAUGCAAUGCUGUGAUAUUAUUCUCUAGGGAAAAAAAAAAAAAAAAUCCAAACAAACAAACAAAUGUUGAAAAAGAGAAAGUAAUUUUACAGGUCUUGGUCUGCUGCACAAUUAUUUGACACACUGAGAUUUUUGAUGCACUUUACCAAUUAUAAUAGCUGGGAUGAGAGAGGACAGCAAUAUGCAAGAAUAUUAAGCACGGGUGAGUGGACUAUAGUAUAUAUUUUUCCUUUUGAAAAAGCUUUGAAGUGCACUGUGAGAAUGUUAAGAAAUUAAAAGGACAUUGAAGUAAUGUAGAUUCUCAGUUUUACCUGCUCCAAAAGUGUGAGGAAGUGCUCUACAGGUUUUUAGUACUUCUUAGUACAUGAUAAUGUGCUACACUUCGUUUCCAGAAUUAACAUGCACUAUAAUUAAUUAGUAAUGUUGGCUCUCAAGGUCUUGAUUCACUAGAUUAAAAGAAAUGACUUGAGUGAAGGAAAAACUCGGAACAUACUCUAGCUUUCAAGACAAAGUUGCCAUUCAAUUCCAGUGGCUUCAAAGAAAGGUGCACAGGAAGAACCAGUGCCAGGGCUGGGAGUAGAGCAGACUGAUGCUGCUUAUGCAAGAAAAGGCCAGAACACAACUGCCACAUGGAACUAUUUUAUGUUUUAGAAAUGAGAGAAAGUGCUUGACUAAAUGAAAUAGCUACAGGUUGCUGAGAAGAGAUAGAACAGAGGUACUGGCUGCUGUCCUUUUCAGUUGUUCACAGAACCUGGCUCACAGAACUUAAAAGUCAGUAAAAAUAGAUCAACUGCGUGCUAGUUUUGAUUUCUCUAUUAACCUUUGCACUUUGGUUUGCCUGACGCUAUAACAUUCGCUUCUCUAACUACCAAAGCUUGUUUAGGCGCAUGCACUUUGUAAAACGUUGAAGUACUUCUUGUGUUAUAAAUUGCCACAUAUAUAUAAAAACAGGACUAGAUUACUGCAUUAUGCUAAGAUAUUUUGGAUAGAUGAAGUACAUGGUAUAUGAGUGUCACAGUUAACUGAUGAGAACUGCUAAACUUCUUGUUUACUGAAAAUAAGGUUAUAAAUAGUUAUUUUUCCAUUGGAAUUACGCAUCUUUCUUAACUUUCAGAGCACCACACUUCGUAAUAUUAAGGAGAAUUGUCACUGUUUGUGAUAGGCCAUUGGUGUGAAAAGUGGACUAGUAAUACAAGGACUAUCAGCAGGUUUUGUACUAGAAAUGAAAAGCAGGGAUUCUGGGAAAUACCUAGCCCAGACAGAAAGGAGGGAAGAAUUACUUAGAGAAGAAAAAAAAAAGGGGAGCGGAACCAGUUGAAUCAUGUUUAGUGUUUUGCUCUACCUGCCAUUUUGUAUUGACCACAUAGUAUAAGCAACCUGUUUUCUAUCUUGGUAAGAAGAUUUUGAUUUUAUAAAGCCUAUUAUGUACCAUGUUUGUAUUUAUGUAUGUAAUGGCAUGAUUUGGAAGAUGUACACAUCUUCAAGUAGUUUGGAGGAAAAAAUAUGAACACUAAAAAAAGGAAUUUUUUAUUUUGCAGCUAUUUGUUGUUUCAGUGUACUGACUUAAUAAUUUAUAACUUAACUUUUAUGAAUCAGAAAUGGUCUUCAUAAAUCUGUUUUAAUUAAAGUCAUCUAGAGCAACAGGAACAGAUACAGAGCUAUUUGAAGUUUACAAACUACAUCUUUGAUAAGGGAAAAUGAUUUAAUGACAUAUGUAUACAAUUGAUAUUAAAAUGUAAUCUAUAUAUUCUAUAUGAUUGUAUAAUAUUUUAUACAAUGAUACAAAUAAAAUAUUUUUCUAUUAUA